CAAAUAUCACUAUUCAAAUAUUGUUAGAGCAAAAUGGUAAACUCCGAUAGUGGUCUGCCCCAGUAUUUCUUAGUGUAUGAUAGUACCACUAGGGUUACUCGCGGUCCCUCUGAGACUGGGAGGUGAAAGAAUUGAAUAGAAUAAUAAUUUAAGUACUUUUCUUCACUUUUUUAUUAAUUAUUAUUAGUCAUGAUGGUGGCACUUUGAGAGUGAAGCGUUCCUUUCAGUGCAAAUGCACUGACCCAAAUUUUUCCCUUUAAAAAUAGUCAAAUUUUAAACAGAAAUGUCACUUUUCAAGUAUUGUAAGAAUAAAACUCAACUAGUGAUCAAUAUAACCUCAGCUGUGUACCGUGGUGUAUGUAUUAUGUUGUAUUAUGUUGCUGACCUAGUUUUUGUCUCCAAAUAUAUGACUCUUUCCAUACUUAUAACACUUAAAAUCCACAAGUUUCCUCCCCGAAAUAGUCAGACGGUGAGAAACACCCCCCUUACGUUGGAAAUUAUUCAAAAAAAGAGAAUAGCGUCUAUGAUUACCCGUCAGCGAGGUAAGCUUUGGCUUAUUCCAGUGCGAGAGGGAAUCCCUCGACGUCACCAAGGAUACCAAACACAACAGCGGUGCACAAAUAUGGGCAUGUACGUCAGCGGAACCCCGAGGCGGGACUUAAAUGCCUCGGUUGUAGGCUACUCAAGGAGGAUUCAUUCAUAAGACAAAAUCUGCUUGUUUGUACCGUAAUUCCGUCGUGCAUUCGCCGGGUCGUGCCGCCAAUCGGAGUUUAUGGAUCUAUCAAGCUUCGGAUCGAAGAAGUAGUUUGAACCCGGGAAGUGGAAGGACAACACAUCUACGGGGCAAUUUCCCCCCGCUUUCUGGUUGCGGGGAAGUGGAUUAAAGCUUCUUCAUGCAACUUUUUUGGGAAGACACCAGGAGCGCCUCAACGGAAAACAGCAAUAAGACGAGUAACGGUGCCAAGCUCUCUCUCAGCCCUCGCGGGGAGAUGUACCAAGGGUUCCCCGGCGACCCCGACAGCGGAUCCCGUAGUAGCUCGUCCCCGUCCAUAGAGUCCCAGUACCUUUCCUCCGUGGACUCAUUCGGCAGCCCGCCGACCACCAGUGCUCCACAAGAGUGUGUGUCAGCCGCAGCUGGCUUGAGCAUUGUGGGUAGCGGGCCAGGAUCCAGCGGCGGAGGGGAAAUGCCCGGUUCGUUCGUGCCAACCGUCACUGCCAUCACCACCAGUCAGGACCUGCAGUGGAUGGUCCAGUCCACCCUCAUCUCCUCCCAGGCCUCGGGGCAGAGCGGCACCACCGGCACCUCCUCCAUGACCCGGCCAGUGCCACUGAUUGAUCCCUAUGACAUGCCAGGCACUAGCUACUCCUCCGGGUCCGCAUUCUCUCCUCCGAGUUCGGACACCCCUGGCCCAGCACCGGGCCCCAUCCGCCAGUCCAGAGCCCGUAGCCGCCGCACUCGAGAAGAGUCUGUGAGUGAAGACGGAGAUGUUGGUGUGUUACUGACUCCCGAAGAGGAGGAGAAGCGACGUGUCCGUCGAGAGAGGAACAAGCUGGCCGCCGCCAAGUGCAGAAACCGCCGACGGGAACUCACGGACAGACUGCAAUCGGAGACGGACAUUCUGGAGGAGGAGAAGGCUGAGCUGGAGGCGGAGAUUUCUGAGCUGCAGAAAGAGAAGGAGCGCCUGGAAUUUGUCCUGGUGGCCCACCAGCCCAACUGCAAGAUCCUAUACCAGGAACAGCCUCAGCCAAGCUCGGCACAGCUCCCCAUGCAGAACUUACAAGCUCCCCCCACCAUUGCGGGCUUGGCUGUGAAGGAUGACUCUUUCUAUUUGGCUCCUGCCUACUCAGGCCACGCAGCCUCCACACAGUCGCAGAUUCCGCCUCAACCGCAGCAGCAGCAACAUGUCCAGCAGCCUCAGCCAGGAAUGAUACAGGAGGUAGAGUUUUCUCGUUCUUUCUAUGGCCCGAAUGAGGCGGCGGCACCUGGCGGGCCGUGCCUCAUGGCCGGCGACGGUGGUGGUGGUGGUGGUGGUGGUAACCAUGACGAUGCGGGCAUUGCCAGCCACAGCACUUCAUACACAUCUUCAUUUGUGUUCACCUACCCAGAGGGAGCCUGCGGGGUCAGUGCCAACCAUCGGAACAGCAGUAGCGAGCAGUCAUCCGAUUCCUUGAACUCGCCUUCCCUGCUGGCGCUCUGACUGCCCGACAAAACUCGCGCAUACCUUAAUGCUCGCUGAAUAGUGGCUGACUGCCGCCCAUUUAAGUUAAAGAACAAAAUUAACGUGCAUUCCAAGAGAGAGACGGAUUCAAAUUGCAAACGUCAAUCAGUCAGCGUGCAUGUAAAAUACAGCUUAAACUAAACUCGGUCUCCAGUGAGCGGCCACAACUGCAACCGGUGCCCCCCACCUUGUUCCCUCUGAGGGUCUAUCAUCCUCUCCUCCAUCCUUGCCCUUCCACCCUCCUCUUUUGCCCAGUGCCCAGAGGUGAGACACUUACCGCUCACCCUUCAUCCGCCCAACCCUCCCUCAGCUUCCUCAUGCUUGGAAGUCGGCGAUCACCGCGUUGUUACAAUUCCUCUGCCGUGCCAGCAUCUGUUUCUCCUCUUCUGUCUCUUGUGUUUCUCCCCCUCUCUCUGCCUCAAGUCCUCCACGCCCAAGAGCCCGAAGACCCCCUCCAGUCCCUGGGACCUUGAGUGAAUCGCCCGGCCCCCAACCUAAUACUUACACACACCUUAACUGCUCCAUGUCGACUUGGAUCGAGAUUCUGCAGCGUGUUCCAAACAAGCGCACACUUCACUGGGAGCUCCAGUUCGACAUUUGGAUGCACAGUUGAUGCAAAAAAAAAAAGCAAGGCGGAGGUCUUUGGUUGAGCCACAAGUCGACAAGAUGAACACAAGGCAUGUUGAGUGGCUCUGGGGGGGAUGCUUUUGUUGACGUGAGCCAAAUGCAAAACAAGCAAAAAAAAAAAAAAAAAAAAUUGUAAGUUAAAGCUCUGCCCGUGUAGAUUCUCAGUCAUCAUGGUAAUCCGGAAGGGGUGAAUCGAGGCAACCGGAUUUGUCUUGUUUGUUGAAGGUAUUCCAAUCUUUAAUCCAAAAGGCUUCUUCGGUUCUCAAUUUGUCAGAUGAUAUGUGAUAUCUCGAACCUUCACCGAAAAAUUCAGAACUGCAGAAGACUUUGGAUUGAAGGCGAAAUGCCAUCAACAAACGCAAAGAGUGCGGCUACCUCGAUUCAACCUUUUUAAAAGAUGUCACUCUUGCCAACUGUGUGGAGGGUUUCUCUCUCAGUCAGAAGCUUCACCACACCACCAUGGCUUUUGAGUCUCCGGAUGAUGCUUUUUUUCUUGCCUGUUUGCCUUUAACGGGAAAUGCAGACAACCUCUCAACAUGGGGCGUGCAUACGACUGCACCUGGCCUGUUUAUUUCUUUCUUGAGUGAGGUUGUCACGGAGGCUGACCCGGAAACAAAAAGAGGAGAUUAUCCGGGCCGAUGUUAGGGCGCCAGCGUCCUCUCCUGCCUGUGAAUUUGUGCCAUUUGUUUUUUUGCUCAUACGUUCCAGUGACACUUGUUGCAUAUUUUGUCUUUUUUAUGUAUUUGAUUGUUCUGCUUUUACUUGUACGCCACACUGCAGCCCACCUCCAACUCUGUUGUUGUUGCAUUGUUAAGUAUAUUUUUUUCCCUUGAUUUGUUUGUUUUUAUGUGGCAACUUUGGAGGUAUGCUGUGCACUUAAAGGUUUUGUGUGUUGAAAGUAAAAAAAAAAAAUCUUGUUCCAUGUCUCAUGUAAAAAGAUUUAUAUAUAUAUAUAUAACAGCAUAUAUAUUAUAUAAUGUCUGUAUGUAUAAAUAAGUGUUAUGCGCUAUGAUUGUCAAGUAUGAAUGUGUUGCAGCUCUAGAGGGGAUAUUUUUGUCAAUGAAGAAAUUUGAAAGAUGUUCUUGAGAUUUACUUUUAAAAUGAAUAUUUUUGUAAGAGAAUGAAAAAAAUUAUAGAAAUAUAUACUGUAUGAUAGGUUUUAAAAAAAUGGCCCUGUCCUUUAACAUAAAGCAUGAUGUCAUUGCCUCUCGCCAUGUGUAUUUAUGUUUUACAAAACAGUAUCAAGCUCUAUCCAAGACAGUCAAUGUAUGUAUGUAACUAUGACAAUGUUACAAGGUUGUGAUGACACCAUUUGUUUUGUCUGAUUUUUCUCUGUGAGGUCUGACCCAAAGCUACUGACACCACUUUAUCUUCAAAAAUUGAAAUUAAAAAAAGUACAGUAUACUGAAGUCACUGUUACAUCUACACAAAACAUGUUAUCUAUUUGUAUUUCUGCCCUUAUAAUAAACAAAUAAUAUUCUUCAAGAAUG